UUUGGUCAUCGCAAAGCUUGGCUCCAGCAACCAGACGCCAUAGCGGAGGGGUGUGUCCAGCGGCGGUGAUUGGCUGUUCGGCCGCUAAUCAAAUGUUUAUCUCCCCUGUGAUUGGUCCUCGGAGGUCUCAAUCAUAUCUUGCACCAAAGUGGAGAUAAGUUUGGAUGCGGUGACCUUUAGUUUUGUGGUGUGGGCCCGGGACGGGAGCACGGACCGGUUUUUCCACCUACGUCAUGUUGUUAUGCUUCUCGUUACUUUAAUGGUCAAUGGAGCGCCCAGGAGUACUUUAACAGACCAUCAAAUCGCACUGGCGUAGGUUUGAGAUGUUCACAGGAUUAUCGCAGCUCCUAUUACACAAUCCAGUUGGAGAUUUGGGUGAAUUUGCAACCUUAAUUUCAAUUAAAGUAUUUCACGGGAUGAUCUUAAACCAGUUACAUCUGUAACCGAAUGAUUUCCUUGCUUUAAUUCAAAUGGCCAAGAGGCAAAAGAAUCGAUGCACUGCUCACCAAUGCUGUGUCUUCUGACAAUUAACUACAUGACCAAUGAAUUCUGUCUCGCCUUCCUCCGUUCAGUUUAUCCAGAGCCAGGAAGACUUGACUCCCCCAGAUACAAAGAGCCGACUGCACCCAGGAGCCAGUGAGCCAGAGAACAGCUGGAAUGGCCAUUAUGAUUUGCCAGAGAAAUCCCAGCAGAAUGAAUCCGUUGAUGUGGACAAGAUUAAAGUUAAGCUGAUGACAGCCUGGAACAAUGUCAGAUAUGGUUGGGUAGUAAAAGGGAGAACAAAUUUCAGCAAAACAUCCCCGAUUUUUCUGCUGGGCCGGUGCUACCAGUUUGAAUCAAAAGCUGAUCCAGCAGACACCAGUCAUGAGGCACGAGACAACCAGAAUGCUGUUUCUGCAGCAGUGGACUUGUUUCGGAAGGACUUUGGCUCUCGAAUCUGGUUGACGUACCGCCGUGAAUUUCCACAGCUGGAGGGUUCUAUCUGGACGACGGAUUGUGGCUGGGGUUGCAUGCUGCGCAGUGGACAGAUGCUCCUUGCUCAAGGGCUUCUUGUGCAUCUUCUGUCUCGAAACUGGACAUGGCCUGAUGUGUUACUCUCCGUUGAGUCAGAAGCUGAACCCAAGUCGCCAUCUAAAUCCAGCAUUACCAACUGGUCAAACUUUGAUGUCUUCAGCUCACAGUUGGACAGGAGUAGAAGCCUCCGGCAUGCCCGAGGAUCCACGGUCACGCAAACACGCGCACGAACGUUGAGACUGGACAACCCUAACUCUUCCAAAAUGGACAAAGAAGAGGAGGAGCACCGCAAAAUCAUUUCCUGGUUUGGCGAUCACCCCAAAGCCCCAUUUGGGGUACAUCAGCUUGUAGAAUAUGGCAAGAGCUCUGGGAAGAAGGCAGGAGACUGGUAUGGCCCAUCAAUUGUAGCACAUAUAAUCAAGAGAGCGGUGGAAAAAGCUGAAGACUCUGAAUCUCUUGGUAUUACUGUCUAUGUAUCACAGGAUUGCACAGUGUACAAAGGAGAUGUGGUGAAUCUCUGUGAGAUGCAAUUAAAGAGUGGAAGUGUUUCUGAUCUGGAAUGGAAGUCAGUUAUUAUCCUGGUGCCUGUUCGACUAGGAGGUGAAACUCUCAACCCCGUGUACAUGCAUUGUGUGAAGGAGAUCCUGAAGCUUGAAUGCUGUAUUGGAAUCAUUGGUGGGAAGCCCAAGCACUCACUUUACUUCAUUGGAUAUCAAGAUGAUUACCUGCUGUAUUUGGACCCUCACUACUGCCAGCCUGUUGUGGAUGUAACUAAAUACAAUUUCCUGCUGGAGUCAUUUCACUGCAUCUCUCCGAGGAAGCUGGCUUUCACUAAGAUGGAUCCCAGCUGUACUAUAGGCUUUUAUGCAAAGACUAAGGAGGAUUUUGAAAACUUGUGUGAAAAUGUCACAAAGGUUUUAGGCUCCUCACCUUUGAAAGAGAAGUACCCUAUUUUCACCUUUGCAGAAGGUUGUGCUCAGGAUUAUGGUCUGGAUGAACGCUGCAUUUGCAAACCGGAUACAACUGUGCGAAUCUCCAAGUCUGAAAGAGCAGGGAAGUCGAAGCAGAGCAGCACUGAAGAAUUUGUUUUUCUCUAGUGAACAAUGGACUUGCAAUUAAAUAUCUGUGCCUGCUACUGUACGUUUCAACAGGGAACAAACUAAGGGUACUCUUGGAAUGUUCCAAUAUUUAUAUCUGGUGUUUUUCCAUAAUGAAGUGGAGUCAUGGCAAUCAUUAUCCCUUCUGUGUAGCUUUUACUAUGAGACUGGUAGAACUCUUCCUGAGAAUGAUUAGCUUGUUUUUCCCUUUUAUAAUGUGGCUGAAAUUGUGCAUGUCAUUUAUAGGUCUGUGUGAUGCAGACUUUUCAAGGCAUUGACAGUUUCAAGCUGGGGUUGAUAUUGAAACCACUUAUGUAAUGUAUUGAUGCAGAUAUUGCUGAGGUGCUGACUUGUAUUCUGAGAGCUCACUGAGUGGUUCCUCACCCUUGAUCAAUCCUUUACAUAGUGUGAACUUGAUAAUAGGGAGUAGUUCAUAGGGAGACAGAUGGGGAAUGGUUGCCAAGUCUGAUGCUUUAUUUGUGAUGCAUUUUGCUAUAGAAUUCCAGUUAAAGGUUGGGAAUCAUGCCUGUCAUCACUUCCCUGGGUCCAGGUUACCGAAGACUGAUUGUCUGGAUCCAUUGUUCCUUUGGCAGAUUACAAAUAGAGACUCCUUUGCUGAAUUUUGCAUCUUUUCCCCAAAUCCUCCCUGAGAAGUACAGCACUUCAGUUUAUGGAGCUACCUCUUUGAAUUCACUUACUGUGGCUCAAACUGUGCACAGGAGGGAGUCAAAAAUCAAAGUUCUCUUUACCUGCGUGAGUGUCGACAUGUACUAUGUCAGUACAGAUCAUAGAUUGUCACACUGUAGCACUCCUUUGCCCACAACACUGUGUUUCAACAUUAAACCGGCAGUGUUGUGACCCGAAUGGCUUAGGUGAAUGGCAGAUCAGAUUUUUAUUUAGGAAAAAGGAAAGGCAAAUAUUUCUCUUAAAGAAUGGGUAUCAUUUAUCUAUUUUGAUUGGUCGAUUAAUUUACAAAAUAGUGCGAUAAGAGGCCUACUCUGAACAAAGGAAGAACAUUUAAUGGACUUUUAAAAACCAGGAUUUGCUUCUUGUCGGAUCCACACAGACAGCUGUUUGCAUUGCAGUGACAUUUUUAAAAUUCUAAUGCUUUAUACUUCAUUGGAAAUAUUUUACUUUUGAUUGGUACUAGGAUUGGGAUGACUUUUACCCUGGGUUUGGGUUCUCCAUUUUCUUGGUGAUAAGUCUUCUUGAGGGAUAAAAAUUUUUUGCUGGGGCCUAGUUUGAAACUGGGCUCAAGCAGAUAAAAUUGGCCCAGAUUCGGCAAUAACUGACAUUAAAAUCUAACUUGGGUCACAGGGCGUUGGUAAAGGUGCUCUUUUCUUUUUUUUCUUUGGUCAAGACUGUCAUUGCAAAGCUCCUUCUGCUCUGUUCCUAUUCAUGUGGCAUUUAAACUGCAUUGGAGCUUGUGAAUUUUACACUGGCUCCAAAGGGGGUUCUGCUCCCCGCGUAACCCAUUGUAUAAUCUGUACUUUCAAUCAUGUUACUGCGGGCUGUCAACGCUAAUCACAGACCUUGAAACUUAACUACUGAUCCUAAUGACUCACAAAGUGUUGUCUAUAAUUAUUAAUUGAGCUAACAAGUAAGAGCAGUCUAAUUACAUAACUACUUAGUUUGUAUUAUUUAUUCUGUGUUUCAAUUUCUAUUUUUGAUAAUAGUUUUUAUUUCUGGACUGAGCCUUUGAUCUGUAGCACAGCUAUGUGCAUUUCCCUGUGACUCCUUCCUCCUCACCACCCAUGCCUUCCACCCACAACCCCGUACCCUCAGAGUUAAAAUAUCUGUAGUGUUUAGGAAAACAUCCUGAGGAUCAGUUUACCAGGACUGAGGUACAAGCAGGUGAAAAUCAAUUAAUGAUUCCUGCAUUGGAGACAUUGGCUGGCAUUGGGAUAUUCACACUGCAGUGUACUCUUCCCACUGCCACACCUUGUGAACAGCCAGGCUUUAUAAAUUGUCAUUAGUUGAAGAGGGCUUAUAAUAUUGCCACUUUUUGUGGGUUCAGUUCAUAAAAUUUGCUAAUUGCUACUUUGCAGUCUUUUACUGCUAAACUCAGGACCAAAUUGUUAGUGGGACAGUGGGCCACCAUGAUGGUGAGCUGUUGCAUCAUGUUAACAAAUAAUUGUUUUAAGAAUAAGGAAGGUAACUGCACAGUAUUUUUAGUAUGUAUGGUUCUUUUUUGGAAGCAUUUUGCCUAGAAACUUAAUUUGAAACAACAAAAAGAUUGUAGAUUAGGGGAGGGAAGGUGGAAUAUGAAUCAAUGUUGUCACAGCCUUUCUGUUGUCACCUUUCAGUGUGGUGGAGCCAUGAGCUUUCACAGCUAGGAUCACUGUGGUUCACCCGACAGGUUUUCUGCACUUCAGGGAGUGUACAACAUUAAUCAAAUUGCAGAACUGUCGAGAGCACUAAAGGUUCUCAAUUAACUCUGUUUAAACAAAUGGCCAUCUCUCUUGCUAACAAACUCAACUACAGAUACCUUGAUAGUCUUGUCAAUGAGUGCCUAUUAUUAUGUGGGGAUUACAUUAACUACAUGGAGAUUUUGUUUCACUGUUGCCGCAUAGCUAGCUGUGGAAUUUGCAAAUGCUCCAUGCACAGUGAUUGAGUAUAUAAGGCAUGAAUAGGUUGCAGUGGAUUACUCCGUGGUAUUAAUAUGGAACAUUUCUACUCUAGUGACAAACUAGAUAUAAAAUAUUUCUGCAUCUUGAUCAGGCUGAUUACAUCUAAAAGAGUAACCUUGACAUAUCUAUCCUGUUAGUGAAUCAUUUGUUGGCUACAUUUUCCGCCUCCCACACCCUUUCGAACUCUUGUGCUUCUAGCCAUUCAAUUAGCUCCUAAUGGCCCCUGUUACUGUUCAGAGAAAAGCAAGAGAGUUCUUCUGCCAUCUUGGCCAAUAUUCCUCCCUCAACCAGAAAGGAUUAAAUAUCUCAUUGUUGCUUAUGUACACCAUCCUACCAUAUUUACCUAUAAUACAAUUGUUACUCAGUGGAAUUCAUUGAAUGAGAAAUGCUUAGCUUAGUGACUGAUGCUACUGGAUUAAUGCAGAUUAUUUUCCCAAAGUAUGCAUUUGAAAUGUUGCUUUGAACGUCUCAGAGCAGGACUGUGCUCCAGUAUUGGUUUCUCCAGAUGUAUUAUGAAUGCUUUAUCAACAAGUAUUUUUGGGCUGAGUGUAGGCACAUCAAGAGGUAUUUUUCCAAUGAGUGUAAUCUAGUUCUGAUAAAUGAUGCUGCCUCUCACCUGUCUGAGGACCGCAACCAUUGGCUUGGGAGGGUUAGUUAACUUGAAGUCUCAUUUCUUGAAGAUGAGCAGUAGAAGAAGCAGGACAAGGGCUGUAAGGCAGCAUUCUCGUAUUGUUUCUUUGGUCCUACCUAGAUUGUGUUGGAAGUUCUUUCCAUGACUCCUCCCCCUUGUUUACUGUUUACUCUUCUUGCCAUCCUCUCUCCUUUCUUCAAACCUCCACAUUGAAGACCUACUCCUUAUACCCUUUGAAAUCCUUUCCCUCAGCUCUCUCAAUGGAAGGAAUGAAUUGUAAUAGAUGAAUGCUGUCAGAUUGUUUAACUGUGGAGGAUAUUGGGAGCUGUUUUGAGUAGCAACAGUAAUUUGGAGCCAACUUUUCUUCCCCCCCCCCCCCCCCCGCCCACACAGAAACUCUCCUGUAUGUUUACAGCAACCCAGUAGAGACCAGCCCAAAUAACAAACAACUACUUUCCUAACUCUUGAGCCAUUUUGUUUAAUCCCUCUUAUCACUGUGUGAUUGAAUCAUAGUAUGAUCAGAUAUCUAAGACUGGCUGUGCCUCAUUCUAGUUACCCACUUUUACAUUUUACUUAAAUAUAAUGCUGCUAGGUUUUGGAAAAAUCAUGUGCAUAAUUUCUUGCUCUAUUUAUAAACAUGCCUGAAUUUGAAAUGAUGAAUAUUAUUGUGAAAUUGGAUGGAAAUUACAAUCCAUCUGCUUGAACCCUAAUGCGUUUGUUUUGAGCAAAUAUCGAUUUUAUCACUGGUGUUUAAAUGAUGUUUGUAUUCUCACAGUUCAUUCUUGAAGUUACUGUGCAUGUACUACUGAAAGUUUCUCCAGCUGUGCUAUUUUAGGAAGGCCUGUGUAUUGCUUGAUUAGUGUCCAAAUGAUUUCCUGGUUCCCUAACAGCACUGAUCCAUAAAUUACCAGGAAGCUCCCAGGAACCAAACUUGGUCUCAAGUGGGGUUGCCUUCCCAAAGUGCACAGUGCAGUACUAGUAAACCAAAUAAUUUGUAGUUAGUCUUGAAACGUUCCUAGCAUGUUUUAAUCCUUUGAGAAUGUUUCAUUUGGCAUCAUAGUCUGGAGAGAACUUCCUCCUUCCAAUCCUGGGGUUUUGGACAUCUUGAUUACAGUGGGGAAAUUUGAUAAUGCACUUUAAAUUAAAAUGGGUCAUGGGUCAACUCUAUAUACACCCUCCCCUUUGAGGGUAGAACUGUGUAACUGGGAAUCUCUUCUGAUUACAUUAUAUUAAAGGAUAGGACAGAAUACCCUUUUUAUUUACAAACAUGAAGGGUAUUUUGCCUAAAUUUGGUGAUGCUAGAAUAAGGCAUAUUUGUAUUAUGAGAGGAAUUAUGCAGUGGUCACUACUGUUCAGUAAUGUGUACAAAUGGGGAAAUUUAAAUACAUUCAACAACAUUAAAAAGUUAGUUUAAAAGUCUUUGUUGGAUAGAUCCUCAUAAUUAAUGAAUUCUCUCACUGGUUCCAACAAAGCACAGACUUUUCUCUGUAUAACUCCUUUCAGCAGGUUUCAACACACACCACUUGGAAAGAAAAUCAAAAUCUGUAAAUACUGGAACACUAAAACAGAAAAUGUUGGAAUUGGUCAGUAUGUCAGGCAGCAUCUGUGACAAGAGAAAUAGAGUUCAUGUUUCAGGUCACAGGUAGAUCUCAGCAGCACUCGGAAAGUGGAAAACAAGUUGGGAGAGGGGUAGACAGAAAAUCUCUUCACAGAUCUGGUAAGUGUUCUUACCACUUUUCACUCAAAGAACCCUGGUUGAUUUGUAUAUCUGUGUAUCCCUUUUCUGAUUAGAAAUUGAUGGGAAUGUCUCAUUUCAUAACACUGGACAACAAAGGUUUUGCUUCCUGAAUACCUUUAGGUGUACAGUAUCAUGAAUUUUGAGCUACUGAUCAUGAAAUCACCAUGAAAUUUCCCUAUCCUGCACUAUUUUUUGAAAUAAUUUAUGCUUAUUAUUUCAAUUCAUAAUUCAAGUCAAUUAAAAUGUUGCCUACAAUGUAAGCUGAAAAGUUUCCUAUCUUGUCCAGGCAUAGGUGGUGCAGCUGCUACAUAACAGGACAGGUUUCAGUAAUAAUUAUUGGGUUCAGGACUGUAAGGAUGGAAUUUGCUAUCACUAGGCACAAACGUUUCUUUGAAGGAUUUUGAUAUUUGAGACAAAUGCUUCUCAGAAUAACUGAUGCCAAGAUUAUAGUUGCAUUUUAGUUGAUCCGCAAAUCAAACAGGUCAUUAAUGACAGGCAAUUUGAAGAAUUUCUAGUGGGACCGGAGAAAAUCACACGGAAGGCAUUCAAGGAAGUUGUUGAAUUUUUUCUCGGCAUCUGCAGAGCACCAAACUACAUGCAGCUGGUUGAAAGCAUGCUUCAAACAUAUAAAACCAUGAAAUGCAACAUGUCACUAAAGAUACAUUUUCUGCAUUCCCAUUUAGACUUCCCCCUCCAAAUCUUGGUGCUGUUAGUGACAAGCAUGGUGAAAGGUUUCACCAGGACAUUGCAGUCAUGGAGAAAAGAUACCAGGGCAACUGGAAUCCAUCAAUAUGCUGGCAAAUUAUUGUUGGACACUUAAGCAAGAAGCCUCAGUCACUGAGUACAAAUGAAAAUCAGUAACAAAAUAUUUUUAACUUGGUGGAACUAUUGCAAAGCAUCAGCACCAUUAUGCAAUUAAACACAUUAUAUUCAAUAAAAAUUACUUUGUUGUUUCUCCAAAUUCCUACGUGAUACAAGUAGUCUGAAGUUAUAUUUGUGUUCAUCUUCAAGCAGUCUUAUCAUAAACAAAAAAUUCUGGGGAAGCAACACUUUUGAAAAAAAUUGUCCAGUGUAAUAAAAAUUAAAGAACUAUAUUGAAAAGGACUCGAAGGCUUUGGGAUAUCCUGGAAGGCAUCUUUAAACAUGAAUCUCUAAAAGGUAUCCUAACCACUGGAACACAAGACACCUUUUGCCUUUGAAAGGCUGAUGUGGCAGGGGCUGAGAGGCAUUAUUUCAGUCCACUGUUCACUUUUGGAAUGUCAAUUUUAUUACUUUAAAAUGAUCUAAAUUAUCAGAAAUAUGGGAGCAAAAUGGAUAUCUGUUUCUAAUUUGUUACUAGUAUAAAAUUUGCCUUUUUUUUUUAAACACCCCUCCCAUGUAUUUUGACUCUGGUUCAAAAGACCAUAUUAAUGAUUCAUUGAAGGUAGCACCAUUGCCAAGCAAAACCAAUAACAACAACCUAGAGGUUUAAGAUGGCAUUGAUGAAGCACAGUGACUACCUACUUAUGGCAAACUAAACAAAACUACUAAACACUUCAUUAAUAAUACUUUUUUAUAACAAUCAUUGAACAAUGGUGAGGUGAGGUGAGUGGAUGUGGAGGUGGGGUUGGGGUGCCCCCAAAAGUGAGGAAAGACAUGGUGUUUGAUUUUAAUCGCUGGACCAAAUUGGAAAGGUCUGUUACUGGUCCAGCAGGCAGCAGGGUCCAGGUCCCAGAGAGGUCUGAGAGUGAGGAAUGACCUGAUAUUUGGACAAUCUAAGCACUGGGCCGGAUUGGAAAAAGCCAGGAUGUCAGGAACAGAAGCAAGGGAUGGACAAGUUCUGCUUACUAUUCCUUGACCUUUACUUGGCUCUGCAAUGAAUUGAGGCUGUGGGCUGCUCCUGCAGUGUUAAUCUCACAUCUCUGCCCUUUGAUUCUCACAUUUGUAACACAUCACGCAGUCACUUUGUGAAUGUGAUGAAGGCUUUUGGUUCCUUCAGUUUUCAGGCAUUGAGAUCCCCCACCCCAACCACCAUUUUCUGGGUUUAAAGUUUUACUGAAUUCCCCUCUAAUCUUUCUUCUAAUUAACUUAAAUCAAUUCCAAAUUGUUUUGGCCUCCCUGUUGUCUCUGAAUUAUCCAAAUAUUGGCUUCAUUUAAAAUAUGUUUAUGGACGACCAUAAGACAUAGAGCAGAAUUUGGCCAUUCUGCCCAAUAGUCUACUUUGCCAUUUGAAUCUUGGCUGAUUUAUUUUCCCUAUCCCAUUCUCCUUCCUCCUUCCUAUAAUCUUUGAUGCCCUUACUAUUCAAGAACCUAUCAACCUCAGCUUCAAAUAUUUUCAAUGACUUGGCCUUCAUGCCCAUCUAUGGUAAUGAAUUCCACAGAUUUACCACCCUCUGGCUAAAGAAAUUCCUCCUCAUCUCUGUUCAAUGGAAUUAUUCAAUCUUUUUGGUCUGAGGGAGGGGGAGAAAGAAUCUUGGAGAGUAACAUGUAUCCACAAAGAGUCCUACUUGUAAUAUUCUCCUCUUGAAUGCAACCAGUCCCAUUUACUGGAAUCUAUCUGGAUUUCCAUCUUGCUUUUUUGACCCAAAAUGUACUUUUGUAUUGCCACAGUUUGAACUAGACCAGCUCAUAGCAUGCUAAUUGUUGCAUUUCACCCACUUCCUGAUCCCAUCAGAAAAUCCAGCGGGUGGACUGAAGGAAACAGUGGAUUUACACUAGUUACUGUGAGGAUUACAAUUUUAACCAAAGAUCAAUCUGUUGGCAUUUGUUACAAAGUAGGUUGAGACAGCUUUUCUUUCUAACACUGAACUCUGGAGGGAGCCUCAACUUUGUGAUACCCCUCCCCUCUGAGCAUGAAGGUUCGAGGCACACUGGACGUUCUUGAUGAGUGAGGGUCUAAGUUAUGGUUCUGAGUUCUUAGCUGACAUCCAGCAAGAUAGCUGACUCUGAAUCUCUCUCCUCUUUCCUCAAACUUCACCUUGAUGUCAUAUGGGUUGGGAGAAGCUUUGAAAGGUCUUAUCUCCCGUACAGGUGCAACCUGUACAAGUUUGUUGUCCAUCCACAGCUUCAUGCCGUGGUUCUAUGUGAAGGUAGAAAAAUUACAUGAGCACAAAUGGUUAAGAACUAGAAUCGGCUAUUAUUGAAACUGUAAAGCAGGAGAUUGCAAACUACCUUUGGUUUCUAAUCUGGAUAAGUUUCACACUGGAGGAGGAAUCUCCCAAUUCCAUUGGCCACAUUUAGCAUCACAGAUAUAUUGUUCAAUACACAAGCAUGUCACCCAUUUCCCCACCAUCCCCAGCCAUAGAACAGCAGAUAGAUGAUUAUCUCUUAGUUAUUACCCUUUACUAAAACAUUUCUGCCUCCUGUACGGGCUGGGAUUGAGCACCAGGAAAUCUCAUGUUCUCAGCCAUUAAACUAUAAAAGUUAAAAUUAGCAGACUUGUUAAGUCGUGAUGUGGGUGAGUAUGAUAUUUUAUCCAGCUAUGUGAAAAUGUUGGGGAUGUAAUAAUUUCCAGGUAAAGAGCUGAAUCCGAGUUAUUACCCCAAAUGCACAAGCAAUGUAACAGAAGGUUACAUAGCCCAAGGUGUUCAAAGUAAAUUUAUUAUCAAAGUACAUAUACAGUAUACAACCCUGAGAUUAAUUUUCUUGUGGGCAUACUCAUUAAAUCCAUCAUGGAAUCAAUGAAAGACUGCACCAACUUGGGUGCUCCACCCCUUUCCUGGUUUGUGAACAAUUUCCUCAGGUCUGGAACUUGAGGUUGUGAAUAGGGAGUGUAGGAGACGUGUAGCAUUAAGCUGGUCCUGGAAAGUGAGUUCAUGCUACUGACUCAAAGACAGUACAUACUGGAAGUUUAGCCAAACAGACAGUAUCUAUGAAAAGUGAAAGAGUUAAUGCUUCAGUCAAAGGCCCUUCAUCAGAACUGGGAAUAUGAGAAAGGAAGUUAGUUAUAACAAGUCACUUAUCUCAGAUCUUAUGAGGGUUUUAGGAACAGUGGGCAUGGCUUCAGAAUAGAAUGACGUCUAUUUAGAAUGGAGGCAAAGAGUAAUUUCUUCGGCCAGAGGGUGGUGAAUCUGUGGAAUUCAUUGCCAUAGAUGGCUGUGAAGGCCAACUCAUUGGGUAUAUUUAAAGAAGAGGUUGAUGGGUUCUUGAUUAGUAAAGAUUUUUAAGGUUAUGGAGAGAAGGCAGGAGAAUGGGCCUGAUUAGCUGAAUGGAACCAAAUGUCAUCAACUUAAUAAUGCAGCAGGUCACUGUGAUAGCGCCUUGCAUGCUGAUCUUGGUUAGGAUGGCACAUGAUAUCUGGACUUGAUUAGCGAAUCUUCUGCUCUGACAUUCAGUACCACCACAUGGAACAAUAUCUUCAUCUACGAAACUAUUAGAGGGAAAGAGAAGGGAGAUAGUUACAGCUUCCAACAGAAGAAAGCAACAUAAUUUCUUACAGUUUCCUGAAUGGCCAGCAGUGGACUAAAGCUCAGUACUAUGUGACUGAGGGUGUACUAACAUAAUUACUGGCCAGUUUCAUCACUGCAAACACCAGUCCUCUGGUGGUUUAAAGUGGUCUUUAUCUUCUACCAAAAUGAAAUAAUAAUGUAAAUAAAAUAUUGAGCCUCAUAACACCUACGUAGCAGGGAAUGCUCUCGGGAUAGAAAAAAGGAUUAGUGGGCACACAUUCAAAACUUGACCAUGAAUACAUUGCUAAUGUGUGCUAGCUCCUGCUCUCCUUUCAAAUGAGAGGAAUCAUUUUGAAAUAAGUUCAAUACGAGAUAAUAAAUUCAUUAUUGUUCAGACUGA